CCUGCGUUUGUUAAACCACCACGUCACCACCAGAUGGUGGAAAAUAUGAUGGUCUUCACUCACAGAAACUGUUAAUCCAACAUAGAUACACGUUCCUUUGGAUUUAAAUGGAUUUCCAUAGGUUAGACACGAUGUCAGAUUACGGGGUCCAGUAUGUGGACAGCCAUAGGUCUGAGCUCAUCCAGAGGGUUCAGAGGGUGAUGGCAGUGACACGCAAGCUGCUGUCAAUGAACAUGAUCAAUGUGGAGACAUAUUCACAGAUCAGGAGAGCAGGAACCAAACAGGACAGAAUGAGAAAGCUUUAUGAAGCACUGGAUGAAGGAGGACAUAAAGUUAAAUCUGCGUUUUAUUCUGCACUGAAAGAGUAUGAUCCGCAUCUCUGUUACCAAUAUAUCUCAGAUAUGCCAGAUAUCUCAGUUAUGCCAGAUAUCUCAGAUAUCUCAGAUAUCUCAGACUUGAUAGAUGAUAGAAUUAAUUUGGAGAUUACUCAAUUCGAAAGGAAGUGUUUGAGCCCUGUUAUUCUUCAGUACAAGUCUUCAGUCAUUGACAGAUGUAAGUUUGUGACAGAGCAUAAGCUUUCAUCUGAUGAACAUGUGGGACUGGCUGCUUGUUACACUGAACCAGUGAUCAUUCAGAGGAGCAAAGAGCAGAAUGAGAAAUGCUAUCGUGAACAUGUGAUGGAUGCUUCAUCUCAACUGUUAUCAAAUGACAAGAAUCUCAGCAUCAGAAUAGACCAGCUGUUCAGUCCCGACAGUGAUGGAAACACACCAAAGACUGUGAUUCUCAGUGGUGAUUCUGGAAGAGGUAAAUCCUUUACAUUACAGAAGAUCAUAUUGGACUGGGCUUCUGGAGAACUUUACUCUGAAAUCUUUGAUGUCAUUUUUCUACUGAAUUGUGAAGAGCUGAAGUUUAUUUCUUAUGAGAAGAGCUUGUUUGAGCUCCUGAGCUGGAGUUGCGGUUUAACAUCAGAUCAGAUCUCACAGAUACUACAGUUAACACCAGAGAAAGUCCUCUUCCUUAUUGAUGGAAUUGAUGACUUCUCAUUUGAUCCACACAUUCAUAUAUCACGACCCACUGAUGCAUCCCAAAAAGCCCUACCAAUGGACACUCUUAUGAGUCUGUUGAAUGGACAGAUCCUAUCUGCAUCCUUCCUGCUGGUUACCUUUAGAACAGCUGCUGGUCCAGUGAUGAAUCUCUUAAAGGGACCUCAGCGUUUCACUGAGAUCAUGGGCUUCUCUGAGAGAGGGGUGCAGGAGUACUUCCACAAGUUCUUUCAGGAUGGGCUACUCCUCAGGAAAACAUAUGAGAGUGUGAAGACAAAUGAAAGCCUCCUUACUACCUGCUCUGUGCCUUUGCUGUGCUGGAUGGUCUGUUUUUGUCUGAAGAAACACUUUACAGAUGAUGAUCAUGUGAUGGCAGAACUAAAGACAACCACCUCCAUAUAUGUGCACUUUGUGUCCACUCUACUGGAGCAUCAUGACCAGAGUCAGUCUGUCCUCACCAUGCUGAGGAGUCUGGGUCAGCUGGCAGAGGAAGGGAUACUGGAUGAAGAAGUCCAGUCUGUCUUCACCAUGCUGAGGAAUCUGGGUUUUUACUGCAGCAAUGCAGCGUCAAUCAGUCUGUGGCACUGCUCAGGUGUUAUAAGAGCCCAGGUUGCACUGAUAGUGGCCUUCAGCUCUUCUGCAUUGUUGGGUCUGGCAUAUCGCAUCUUCCUCUUCACAAUACCCCAUAGAUUUUCUAUGGGGUUAAGGUCAGGUGAGUUUGCUGGCCAAUUAAGAACAGGGAUUAAACCUUAAACCAGGUACUGGUAGCUUUGGCACUGUGUGCAGGUGCCUAGUCCUGUUGGAAAAUGAAAUCUGCAUCUCUAUAAAGUUGGUCAGCAGCAGGAAGCAUGAAGUGCUCUAAAACUUCCUGGUAUACGGCUGCAUUGACCUUGGACCUCAGAAAACACAGUGGACCAACACCAGCAGGUGACAUGGCACCCCAAACCAUCACUGACUGUGGAAACUUUACACUGGACCUCAAGCAACGUGGAUUGUGUGCCUCUCCUCUCUUCCUCCAGACUCUGGGACCCUGAUUUCCAAAGGAAAUGCAAAAUUUACUUUCAUCAGAGAACAUAACUUUGGACCACUCAGCAGCAGUCCAGUCCUUUUUGUCUUUAGCCCAGGCGAGACGCUUCUGACGCUGUCUGUUGUUCAAGAGUGGCUUGACACAAGGAAUGCGACAGCUGAAACCCAUGUCUUGCAUACGUCUGUGCGUAGUGGUUCUUGAAGCACUGACUCCAGCUGCAGUCCACUCUUUGUGAAUCUCCCCCACAUUUUUUAAUGGGUUUUGUUUCACAGUCCUAUCCAGGGUGCGGUUAUCCCUAUUGCUUGUACACUUUUUUCUACCACAUCUUUGCCUUCCCUUCGCCUCUCUAUUAAUGUGCUUGGACACAGAGCUCUGUGAACAGCCAGCCUCUUUUGCAAUGACCUUUUGUGUCUUGCCCUCCUCGUGCAAGGUGUCAAUGGUCAUCUUUUGGACAACUGCCAAGUCAGCAGUCUUCCCCAUGAUUGUGUAGCCUACAGAACUAGACUGAGAGACCAUUUAAAGGCCUUUGCAGGUGUUUUGAGUUAAUUAGCUGAGUAGAGUGUGGCACCAGGUGUCUUCAAUAUUGAACCUUUUCACAAUAUUCUAAUUUUCUGAGAUACUGAAUUUGGGAUUUUCCUUAGUUGUCAGUUAUAAUCAUCAAAAUUAAAAGAAAUAAACAUUUGAAAUAUAUCUGUCUGUGUGUAAUGAAUAAAUAUAAUAUACAAGUUUCACUUUUUGAAUGGAAUUAGUGAAAUAAAUCAACUUUUUGAUGAUAUUCUAAUUAUAUGACCAGCACCUGUAUAUAUAUCAUGAUAUUUAUGCAUCUGCUGAUAUUUACUGUAUGUUUUAUACUAUCUGUGGGAAAAUCAUUUUAACUAAAUAGCCAUUGCUGUUAAGUGGAUUCUAAAUGCUGAAAUGAUGAAACAUGCACAGUUAAUUGUACCCAGAAGAGUUACCUGAGAGAUGGAGGAAGUGGCAGGGAAAUAAUGAAAAUUUGGAGAUUUGGAACAGAAAAACAAAUGUCUUUUGUUGAUUUUCAACCCUACAAUAUGCCAGUCAACUUAAAUACUAUUUAUUUUUUUGGAGAAAAAAUGAAGGGAAGCUUUAAAAAAAAAUAAUUAAGACAUGUUUUCCACACAGUUUUUACUAAAUUAACUCAAGGAAGAAUCUUUUUAGUUAAGACUAAAAACUUUUUAGUGUUUCUCAUAGUCUAUUCAGUUGCAGAUUAAUACUGAUAUUUGACUUUGCGAUUUAUAUCUUUUAUUCUUUAUUCUGUUUGGCCAGUAUUGAGGAAGACAGUGACAAUCCUAAGAGUCUCUUCUCAUCUCUUAGUGUAUUAGUUUAUGACGAUGAAAACAUCAGGUACUGUACUUCUUUUUUUUUUUUUUUUUUUGCCCUACACACACAAGUAUAUUUAAUGAGCCAAUGAAAUUCCAGAUUUCCAGCAAAAACAAACUGAAGCACUGCACAUCCAGAGUUUGGAAUGCAUUCCAAAUGAUCUUCGAAAGAAUUAAUCGCUCAAAUACCUGUAUUUGCAUUAACAUUCAUGUUUAAACUUUUUUUUUUUAUUUUUUUUUUUAGGUUAGAUAUGAGGCAUAGACAGAAGUCGGAAUCUCUCUCAAAAAUAUCUUUCAUUUGUCCACGCUCAGUGUCAAGCAGCUCUGACUGGAAAAUCCUGUUCCAGAGAUUCCAUGAAGUGUCCAUACACCAACGAAAUUCUCCAGAGUGUAAUGAGCAUGAGGAUGGUCUGUUUUAUUUCCUGCACUCUGUGUGUGGUUUGAAGAGUGUGGAGCUGAUGAUAUUCAGUCUGAAUCAGAGCUGGGCUCUCAGGAUUCUCUUUCUCAUCCAGACCUGCAGCAGUCUCCAAGAAAUCCAGUAAGACUGAGAAGUAAAACUAACAAGUCAAUGUUGGAUCACUCAGUUAUGAGUAACUGUUUCAUUAAUUCUACUGAAUGUUUUAACAGUGUCUUCGGACAAAACACUUUGAUAAUAUGUUAUAGAGAGGGCUGGCCUGUGACAUGAUGUGGUCACCACACAAAAGGAUUUUUAUCUCAUAUCUAUUGUGUCACUAACCUCCCUCAUUACUGACAGUGCUUAAGUAUAGCAGUGCUUAUGUGUUAUGUGCAUAUAGAAUGAUUCAGUGCCGGGAAUAAUUCUUGUUUACAAGUAGCUCUCAUGAACUGCUACUCCAUUCUGUUGCAUCUCAAAAAAGUUUCAGUUGUGCUGUCACUCUGUUGUCUCGGUUUCAUUUUCUUUCUGUUUUGAUCUUAAAACAAGCUUUGAUUGUCAAUAUGUACGGAAAUAAGCAAUUUUAACCAGGACACUGACCGUGUUCAUGUAUUGCCUAUCAAUGACAUAUACCCGCGUUACCCUCGAUUUCAGGAUUUAUUUUGUAGAAACCAUGGAAACACCAAAGAAGCUUUAAUAUAUUAUGUUUUAUUAAGGGAACAACAGUUUGGAUAUCUUUAUCGACAGAAAACUGAUCAUUGUUAUAAAGCUCAACACGUUUAAACUUAUUGUUUGAAUCUCAUUUUCUUGAUUUUCCACGAGUACCAUGUUUUUAUGCUUCAGAGUGGCUAACAUAGCAUAAUCAGAUGCAGCUUUAUUUUUAGUAACAGUAAUACAGCAUUCUCUCCAUCACACAAUGUUUUAAAAUUAAUUGCAUGCCAUUUAUCAACACAAGCCAUCCAGCAUUUACUAAUAUGGUGUUCUAAUAUCGAUCUAGCUUACUGCAGUGUGCAACAAGUGCCUCAUAGCAGCCGCAGAGCGAACGCACAGAGUAAUGUUAUAACAUCAUUUUCAACACACUCAAAUGUAUCUAAUAUGAUAAACAGUGUUGUGUUACCCCACGUACGCUUGACUGGAAGAAGCGGAAGUGGCGACUGGUACAAUAAAAGUUCUGCUGCUCUCAAGCCGUGUGGCCUUCUGAAGCAAAGCAAUGCAUUUGUGUAAGAAAAAUAUCCAUAUUUAACAAGUUAUAAAGUAAAAUAUCUAGCUUCUGCCAGACUGCCUUCUGUAUUCAACCUAGGAAGAAAGUGUACGCCUCUCGCAGUUCAAAGUCCUACACCUUCUGUAUUCAACUUACAAAACAAGUUGAAUACGGUAGGCGGUCUGGCAGAAGCUAGUUAUUUUACUUUAUAACAUGUUAGAUAUGGAUAUUUGCUAACAAUGUCUGGGCCAGCCCUGGUUAUUGUGAUGUCUCUUUGCUUAUUGGUGUUUGAAUCACAUUGCUAAAAAGUUGUAUUGUAGUGUCAGUGUCACUGGUUUGCUGCUGGAGGAGGGACUCGAGUUCCUGUAUGAAUCACUGAAGGAUUCACACUGCACUGUGAACAUUGAAGGACCGACCAUUUCUAAGCCUGAACCCUCUGGACUGGAUCUUCACCUGCUUCCAGUGUGUCAGUCUUGUGUUCAUAUUGUUGAUAGUGAUCAGUGGGUUCAGGUGGAGCCGUCAGUCUGUAGAGAUGAAGGAGGGUCAAAGUUCAGGAUCAGCACUCAGGCGGGUCGAUUUGAGUGCAGCAGGACCAGAAUGCGAUGGGUCUGUGCUGGUGACGUCACUCUCCAGUACCAUGCAGUGGAUGGAGGUUUCCUCAGUGCAGAGCUGGAGAGGCUUCAGUGUGAGCGAAUUGGUCCAGUGAUUGAUGUGACCGUGAUCUCAGGGAAACUGGAGGAGGCCCAUCUGCCUCAUUACGCCUGUUUAGCAGAGUCUGACCCCUCUCUCACAGAUACUGUGAAGGUCUUCAGUGUUGAAGAUUAUGGAUUAACCUUUGAAUCAGUGGAGUUGACUCGUUUUCAUGCCAGAGUACUCCAACCAGAAUUUUCUCCUAAAACAGUACUUGUGAAACUAGGGAUUCCAGUGAAAGUGCACUGUGAUCUACUGGUCUUCGUGACAAAAAAGAACCCCAUCAUUCUCCAUGUGUAUUUUUUCCCAUCAGAUUCACUUUUUAAAGAAAAAAUUAGGAUGGAGGAAAAAUUGAGUCUUCCAAUCAAGUGUCCUAGACCUGAAACCCCACUGCGGAUGAUGAAACAACACAGUCUUGAGAUUCCUGGUGCUUCUGUCCAACCCAGAGAGAUCAAGCUAAGAGGUGACAUCGAGCCAAACUUCUUUAAGGUCAAACAAACUCUGGUUGAUGACAUCAAUAUGACUCUCAGCCGCGUGGAUGAUCAGAAAUCAGUAUGGACUGCAACAAUUUGGAAAGAAGAACUAGCUGAAACAAUUGCAAGCAAAGUCGAAUCUAGUUUGUUACAACAUGGAGAAAUACAAAUGAAACAAGUGCCUGUCAACUUUGAUAAAGUUAGUUUUUUUUAGAAUGUGAAUGCCAUUGCAGACAAACUGCUUCAGAAGCAAAUCAUUAAUGAAGAAAUAUAUUCUGAAAUCACACAUCCUAAUUCAACCAAAGAAGAAAGCAUGAGAAAGAUCUGCAGCAUUGUGUGUAAAGGCAGUGUUGCUGUAAAAAACCUCUUAAUCUCUAUUCUUCAGGAAGAGGAGCCCAACCUUUUAAGUGAUUUUCAUUUAUCCGACUCUUAAUAUUGUUUAAACCCACAAGUGCAGAGUGAAAUGAUGUAGGUCAAACUUGUCAUGCAGGUUGGUUACUAUGUAUAUAGUGUAAACCAUGUAAAUGGACAGAGAUUAAUCCUGAAUUUUUAAAAGUUAUUGUUUGACUUGUUAACUGGGAGUUAACAAUAAAUUGUGGUGUAACAAUGUA